AUGCGCCUACGCAUUCGGUUAGGCUUCUGUUUUUGCAAUUUCUGUCGCCUUUCAGAAGCGAAUCGAUCCUUCUGAAACCACAAUCCCCUUGUAAUACUCUUAAUCCUUUCGUUAACUUCAGAGACAUGAAGGGGAACGAGCAAGAGCUGGAGCGACUGGCCCGUCGUAUGCGGCAAUUGGCCGUCUUCUCCUCUUCCGUCGCCGUUUUCACCGCCGUUCUUUCCGUCUUUGCUCUCCCUCUUCUCAUUUCUUCCACCCUCCAAGCAGUCGUAAGUCCUCCUUCCGUUCUCCGAUCUCCGUUCCCCAUUCUGUAGACAUCCGUGGAUGAGCAGCUGGGACGGUGCACCGCCGACGCAUUCAAAAUGUACAAGGCUCUCGAUGAAAUCGGAAUACAGCUGAUUCAAGCGAACAAUCAAACGUCUUCUUCUUCUUCUUCUACUUCUCAAAGAUCGAAACGAGGAGGUGGAUACGCGUCAUCUUCCUCGUAUAACUCAGUUGGAAAUCCGUCUGCGAACGGACAAUAUUACUUUUAUCCGGAGGUCUGAGACUCGUGACGACGCGAGACGAACGUGUGGUAUUUCAGGUGAUAGAAGCGAUCCGCGCAAGACGGCCGACCCUCUACUCCCUGCAGCAGGACUAUUUCGGAGGUGGAGCUGGCUGCCAGGCUUCACAAGGAUAUGCCACUCGGCCCACCUUUGUUGGACGUCCGUUCUCUCUUUCUUUCUUUGACUCACUAAUCAUUCAAUUCUAGCUCAAACAGGAGCCGUUCUUCGAGAAAACCAAUCUGGAUUCAGCGGCGGCGGCGGAUGCGUCAUUCGGUACGGUCCUCCCGGCCCGCCAGGAUACCCUGGAGAGGCUGGAAGAGACGGAACUGACGGGCAGCCGGGAUCGAACGGAAAGCAAGGAAGGGACGGAAUCGCAGACGUCGACAGGGAACCAUGCCAAGUGUGUGCCCCAGCCCAGCCAGGAUAUCCAGGACCGCCUGGACCGAAAGGAAUGCCUGGAGAGCAAGGACCGCCCGGAUUGGACGGAGAGACAGUGGACGGAGAGGACGGAACACCGGGUCUUCCAGGACCGCCGGGACCACCAGGAUCGCCUGGAUUGGCAGGAAAAGUGGGAGAUCACGGCCAGUACGACGACGAGGAGAUUACUGGACCACCGGGACUUCCGGGAGUGAAGGGAGCACAGGGAGGCGUCGGAUCGAGAGGAACUGAGGGAAAUCCGGGACCGAAAGGGCCGCCCGGACAGCAAGGAAAUCCCGGAGCGUAAGGGAAACAAUAGACAGGCAGAUGAAACCGUAAGCAUGAUUUCAGACCGGGAGUGCCGGGUCGUCCAGGGCUGCAGGGCCGUUCGGGUGCUCCGGGAGCCCCGGGAGCACCUGCUUCGUGCGAUCACUGUGCUCCGCCCGUCUUGGAGCCGGGAUACCAGGUGGACGUCAAAAAGACGAUCAAGCGUUCUUCUCCAUGA